CCACAGAUUCGAUAAUAUAAAGCAGUGUUGUUAUCAUUAUGCCGUCCAAGAACUCAACAUCUAGAGAAUCCAACAAGAGAAGCAUCGCAGAGUUAACACCUGACUCUUCUCAAGAACAUCCUUCUAAGAAAGCGAAAUCCGACGGGCCGAAAGCAGUCUUCUCUAUUUUUAACAAGCCUGAUGCUGCUCAGCCAAAUCCGACUUCUCCGAUAACAUGGUAUCCACCUCUGGGCGAGCGUGGCACAUGUCAGCACGGCAUACACCUAACGCCUCCAUCGCGCUCCAAGAUAGCCGCCUUUGAUCUCGACGGGACGCUCAUUGAACCGAAAUCUGGUGCGAAGUUUGCUAAGGAUCACAUGGACUGGAGGUGGUGGGGGUUGCAUGUGCUGAAGAAGGUGAAAGAGGCGCAUACAACUGGAUAUUCGGUGGUCAUAUUCACGAACCAGAGUCAAGCACACCGAAAAGCCACGAUUGGAACCGCCAAUAUUGCUGAAUGGAAGAAGAAGGUCGGGCUUGUGGCAAGUGCAUUGGGGGACAUUCCGUUCCAAAUACUGGCUGCCAACGCAAAGGACGAGUUUCGCAAACCCAUGACGGGAAUGUGGGAUGCCGUGGUGAACGUUUUCAAGAAAGAUGGUGUGGACAUUGACUACGAAGCCUCCUUUUUUGUGGGCGACGCUGCGGGUCGACAAGGGGAUCAUAGUGGUGUAGAUCGCAAGUUUGCAGAUAAUGUUGGGAUUCGCUUCUAUGUGCCGGAGGAGUACUUCAACGGCAGGCAGAUCAAGCUCCCACCACUUAAGGGCUUCCAUCCUCGAAUGCUGCCUGCUCAACUUCCACUCUUCGCGCCAUCGUCGUCGGCGCUUCUUCCCACCCCAGCUGUUCCAGAGAUUGUCCUCUUCGUUGGUCCACCGGCAUCUGGCAAGACAUCCUUCUUCCGAAAGCACUUUGAACCCUUCAAAUAUCAGCAUGUCAAUCAAGAUACCCUAAAAACUAGAGCAAAGUGUAUGCAGAUGGUCGAGAAAGUGGUGCGGGAAGGGCACGGAGUUGUGGUCGAUAACACCAAUCGAGAUAAAGAGACGCGAAAAGAGUACGUAGCUCUGGCAGAGAAGCUCGGUGUUCCGAUACGCUGUUUGUCAUUCAAUGUCUCGAUCGCUCUCGGCUGGCAUAAUAACCUUUAUCGUGCCUUUUGCCUAGCGUCAGAGCAUCGAGACCACCAGAAAAGGGAAAUGCUGCCGUACUCUGCGUUCGCCAGCUUCACUAAUCAGAUGGAAGAGCCCGAUUUGAGCGAGGGUUUCAAGGAAAUACGCGAGAUCAACUGGGUGUUUGAAGGGAAUGAUGAGGAGCGCAAGCGGUGGAACCGAUGGUUAGAGCUCUGAAGGUAUCAUCGCGUGUAACAACAAUCGUAACAACCAAUCGUAAC